AUGGUUCGAAACGGAACCCCCCUCCCAGCCAAACUAGCCGGCCCCCCUCUCAGCGACCGCGAGGCCAUCACCGACGCGUGCUACCGGGCCUUCGCCUCAAUCGACCACGCCAGCGAGUCGCUCCUCGAGUCCAGCGCAACGCCCGACAUCUACACCGACAUCGCCUUCAAAGCAUGCAACGGCUACGAAGAGCUCAAGAACCAGGUGUGGAUUAACGUUGCCGAGCGCGUCGACACCGUCCACUAUCUCUCCAACGUCCGUGUCAGCGUCGACACUGAAACCACUGCCCGCGUUACCUUCAAUGCUCAGGCGGUGCAUUGUAUCGUGGGUAAGGGGUAUGAGCCGGAUUCGACUAAGUUCACUACCGGUGCUUUCUAUGCUUGUGAUGCUGUUAAGGUGGAUGAUCUUUGGAAGUUGAAGACGAUGAAGUCGACUCAUGUUUGGUCUACUGGGGAUCGGUCUAUCAUGAAGCCCCCGAGCAGUGAAUAG